UAUCCGUUACCCCCUCUCUCUCUCUCCCUCGACUGAAAUCCCGGAUGGAAUCAGCUGCUUUGCUUAGCCCUUCUUCCGACGAAAGCAUAUGGAUCAGUCUUCGUGAUCGCAUAGACUGUAUUCUAGAUAAUCGGGAGCCGAAUCAAUCCACUUGUGAUGUUGAAUCAAAACUUGGGAGACAGUUUAAGGAAGAUUCUCUUCUCUUGAUCAAAGGAUUGGAUUCUGUUUCUUCCUCUGUUCUCCAGCUAACAGAUGCUUUAUGGGCUGCCCAACAGGGACUCAAUGAUCUAGCAAAGCCAUCUCUUCGAAAGUCACUGAAAAGAGAGAGCCAAAGAACAAGCGAUGAGGAAGACGAACACAGAAAAGCAAAGAAACGCUGUGGUCCUCAUCUUGUCGAGGCUGCGGAGGAUUCGAAGGAAGAAGCCAUUUCUGCUGAUCACAAGGGCGAUCUUGAAGAAAAGCAGAAUUCAAUUGAUGUUACAGAAAGUGUGAAUCUAAAUAAAGCCAAAAAUCUUGCAGUGGCUGUGGUGUCUAAAGCUGCUUCGCUAGCAAAGGAGCUGAAAAUCAUAAGAUCUGAGUUGCACUCCAUGCAAGAAAGAUGUAGUCUGCUUGAAGAAGAGAACAGAAGGUUCCGUGAUAAUUUUGAGAAAGGAUCAAUGCCAGAUGAAGAUGAUAUGGUGAGAGUGGAGCUAGAGGCACAUUUGGCUGAGAAGUCCAGAUUGGCAAAAGAGAAUGGAAACCUUGUCAGGGAGAACCGAUUCCUUCACGAACUUGUUGAGUACUAUCAGCUGAUAUUUGAAAACUCGACAACACCUUUGUACGAGGAAGAGAUUGGCGGAGCGCCGCUAGAGGUCUCGUCCACAGAACAAAAAGCAGUCGGUGAAUCAGAUGAUGUUGAAAACAUUAAUGCUGAUGGUGAACAUCCAGGCUCUUCAAAUAUCACAAUAAAUUCCUCCUCUUCUGUUGAGCUAAGCAAAGAAGUAGAAGAAGAAGGAGAGAACCGGGCAACAGCAGCUUAGCUAGCUUUAACACAUGUUAUGUGCCCCACUAUUCUUGCUUUGUUUCCAUGAAUGAUUUGAAAAAUUCUACUAUGUUAUGUGCUCUAUUAUUCUUGACCAAAAGUUUGUUGAACCAUUUUGUUUGGUGAUUGCUUAAGGCCUUGCUUAGCCUUUUUUUGCUUGGCCAAUAAAAUGUGCUUUUAUCUUUCAAGAUUAGAUCAACUUUUGGCUUGAAUCAUAGACGAUUAGCCUAGUAAUGAGGCAAA